UUUUAAUCGUCAUGGCAACCCCAAAUUAGGUGGCAACUCGUGCGUGUUUACAAUUAUAUAUGUACAUAUGUACAAACUCUUAUUGAUUUUUUGGUCAAACAUUUAGCUUUAUUCCUGUGAAAUGUCUCAAGAAGUCGAGGAAACUUUAAAGCGAAUCCAGUCCCACAAAGGCGUGGUUGGAACAAUUGUUGUGAACAAUGAAGGUAUUCCGGUCAAAUCUACGCUGGACAACACGACGACCGUGCAGUACGCGGGGCUCAUGAAUCAGCUAGCGGAUAAAGCGCGCAGCGUUGUCCGCGAUCUCGAUCCGUCUAACGAUCUCACAUUCCUUAGAGUACGUUCAAAAAAACAUGAAAUUAUGGUAGCUCCCGACAAGGACUUUAUCCUGAUUGUCAUACAAAAUCCAACUGAUUAAGUGCCUGUUGCAGGAGCUUGCGCUAUAUUAAGUUCAGAGUGGCGUAUUUAUUUCUAGGGUAUAUUAUGCACAGCUAUAUACAAUUAAAAUAUGUAUGCUCAAAGAGGGAGAACAAAAACAAAUAUACAUAUGCAUUGAUAUUUUUGCACAUUUAAA